UUUGUUUAGACCGCUAUAUAACAUAACAAGAGAGGCUAGGCUUUGGAAAAAAACAGAGAGAUUAGAGCAAGGGAGGCUAGGCUUUGAGAAAAAAAGAGAGAUUUGAGAAGCUGUCAGCAGAGAAUAAUGGAAGAGAGCUUUGUGCAGGUGCAGAGAUCGGUAAAAUGGCUGGAAGACAUAACAACAGGUGCCAUAGGUUUCGAGCUGGAGUCUCGAACCCUUCAAGGUCUUCGGGUCAUCCGAGCCCAGAGGGGGUUCCUACGUUGUAGUUUUACCGUCCCCAGUGAUGCAUCCGAUGCAAACGGGAAUUGGCAUGUUGGAGCCAUAGCAACUAUAAUCGACAACGUUGGAGGCGCCGCCAUAUACUCCACUGCUGAUCGUGUAAAAGUCACUCUUGAUUUCAACAUUUCAUAUUAUUCGGCGGCCAGGACUCAGGAACAAGUAGAGAUAGAGGCAAAGGUAAUAGGGAACAAGGGAAAGUUAACAUCUGUAGUGGUGGAGGUCAGAAAGAAAGACAAUGGAGAGUUAAUUGCAAUUGGCAAACAAUGGACGGCUUCUAAUGCUUAUAGGUCACCUCAAUCUAAGCUUUAAUUUAGUUUUAAUGAUGUGAUAUAAAAAAAAUUAAUGUGAUAGAAAUAUUCAAAA